AUGCCCCCGAAGAAGAAGAUGGAAAACAAGGUUCAUGCAUUGGAGAACCGAAUGUCAACUCUGGAGGUUGCAAUUGCUGAGAUGCGAGCUCAGGCUGCUGCAGAUCAAGAAAGGCUCAUCUCGCUCAUCACUCAAAUCACUCCAAGCAAGGACAUGGGUGAUUCUGUAAAACAGAAGGGUGAUGGGGACUCGAAUCACGCUAAAGACGAGCAAAUCAAGAAGCUGAUCCAGAAGAUGCAAGGAAAAAAGCUUGACGAAUUCCGUCAAUCGGUGAAGAAGAUUGAACUCCCAAUGUUCACCGGUGAUGACCCUGCCGGUUGGAUUGCUCGAGCGGAGGUCUAUUUUCGAGUGCAAGAUACGAGUCCUGAGAUCAAGGUUAGUUUGGCUCAACUCUGUAUGGAAGGAUCUACCAUCCAUUUUUUCAAAGCGCUUGUUGAAGAUGAGAUUGAUCUGACCUGGGAAGUUUUCAAAGAUGCGUUGUUGGAAAGGUACGGUGGUCUCGGUGAUGGGAGCGUGUUUGAGCAACUCUCGUCGUUGAAGCAGGAAGGCAGUGUGGAGGAAUACAUCAAGGAGUUCGAGAGGUUAGUUGCACAGGUAGGUCGUUUACCAGAAGCUCAAUUUGUUGGGUAUUUCAUUCAUGGCCUCCAUGAUGGGAUACGAGGAAGAGUUCGUAGCCUCAAAGCGCUAGGUCCAGUCUCACGUGCGAAGCUGAUGAAUCUAGCACGUGAUGUGGAAGCGGAGGUACAUGAAAAGGGGAUUGGUUGGAAUGGGCCUCGUGAUUAUGGGCCUAAAGGAUCCGGGUCAGGUUUUACUUAUAGAUCUAACCCUAAUUUUGGAACCGGGUCAACUCAACUGGGUCGAGCUCAAAACAGCGAUUGGGUCGUAGUCAAGGGAUCCAAAGACGGUGGAGAGAAAGAAGGAAAUAGGUCGAAUCAGAAGUUUGCCAACCGUCAAGACUCACAACGAUCUGUUCUCCGUGAUCGUGGGAUCCGUCAUAUCUCAGCCCACGAGAUUGCAGAAAGACGGCAGAAAAACCUGUCUGAUACAGAGGAGGAAAAUGGAGAAGGAGUUGAACUCAGCAUUAUGAGUUUGGCUCAGAUUGAUAAUUCGAGUCCCAGGGAGUUCGGGAAUGUGCGCACCAUCAAGUUAGAAGGUCGAGUGCAAGGAAUACCCUUGUUGGUGUUGGUAGACAGCGGUGCAACACAUAAUUUCAUUUCGCACAAGUUGGUGAGGUCAAUGGGAUGGCCAGUGGAGGGAACUACUCCUCUUAAUGUCAAAAUGGGGGAUGGGUUUAAAGUGGUGGCACAAGGAGUUUGCAGGAAAUUGGUGUUGGAUCUAGGGAGCAUGACAUCUACCAUUGAUGCUUGGUUAUUCGAUUUGGAUGGAAUUGACACUGUGCUCGGAAUGUCUUGGUUAGCGUCCAUUGGAGGCAUGUGGGUCGAUUGGGCACAAAAGGUGUUGCGUUUUCCCAUUGAUUCUCAAUGGGUGGAGUUGCGUGGCGAAGGCAGUGAACAUAAAAAUCAGUUGGCUUUGCAAAGUUUGUUGGGAAGACCCAAGCUAAGGUAUAGAGGAAUGUUUUUAUCCGCAAGAGCACAAGGGGAACCAAAGGGUCUUGAAUUGAGCAAGCCAGUCAAUGAUUCUCAUCUGAACCCUGUUCUUCAGAUUCAUGAGCUAGUGGCGAAGUACUCAAAGGUAUUCGCAGAGCCACAGGGGUUACCUCCUAAGAGAAGACAAGAGCAUGCUAUUCAUCUCAAGAAGGGAGCUGGCGCGGUUAAUGUUCGCCCCUACAGGUAUCCUUACCACCACAAGAAUGAAAUAGAGAAUCAAAUUAGAGACCUGCUGCUGUCCGGAGUCAUCCGUCCUAGCCAAAGUGCAUUUUCUAGUCCAGUGAUACUCGUGAAGAAGAAAGACGGGUCAUGGAGAAUGUGUGUAGAUUACCGUGCUCUUAACAAGGUAACUAUUCCCGAUAAGUUCCCUAUUCCGGUGAUUGAUGAACUAUUAGAUGAAUUAUACGGUGCUCAUUAUUUCUCAAAGUUAGACCUCAAAUCGAGAUACCAUCAAGUGCGAGUUAAGACUGAAGAUGUGCACAAAACUGCAUUCCGCACUCAUGAAGGCCAUUACGAAUAUCUCGUAAUGCCGUUUGGAUUGAUGAAUGCACCCUCGACGUUUCAAGCCCUAAUGAAUGACAUUUUUAAGAAUCUUCUAAGAAAAUAUGUGCUGCGAAGGGGUAGCGAUGGACCCCGCUAA